UCUGAGGCUCAACAACCCCUCAACUCUCCGAGCGUGGCCGAACCGAACCGAGGUUCACCGAGAACGACGUCAGCGUGUCUCGUUCUUUCGUUUUUCGCGUGCGGGAGAGAGAGAGAGAGAGAGUGAGUGAGAGAGAGAGGGAGGGAGAGAGAGAGAGAGAGAGAGAGGACGGCUCCGAGCGAAGCAACAAGAAGGAAGAAGAGCAAUGGCGACACUGGAUCGCCCGACACCGAGUCCGGACAGCUUCCUGUGCGAGCCCUGGUCCUCGUUCGUCGGCGCGGCUGCUUCACGUGUCGUUGUCAACUCGAGCCCCGACGACAGAGACGAAGAGUUCCCCCGCCUCAGAGAAGCUGCUCCGCUCCGCCAACCAGAAAUGCUCGUCGACAGCCAGUUUCCAGCACUGGAGGAUUUUACUCUUGUUGUGUGCCACGUCUGCAAUAAGGUGGUCACUCCUCAGGGCAUACUCACACACUAUGGUAGCUGGGGUGUAGUUUCCCUGUGAGACAGACAGAGAGACAGAAAGUCCUGGACCACACCCCCCUACCGUUUCCCUACCCACCCCGCUCCCGCAAAGACAUGCAUAGCAAAAACCAGAAGCGCCACAGCUCCCCUGUCCCCUCCAGGAGCCCCCUGGUCCCCAUGAAGCCCAAAGUGCCGGCAGUGGCCCCCGCUGUGGCUCCCAGUCCCAGUCCUGGAGACUCGCUGCCCUUCAGGGUCCCCAAGGACUACCCUCACUCCCGCUUCAGCAAGGCGCCACUCGCUGUCUAUCCACCUAAGGGGGCUCGGAACAAGACAUGCGUCUCCCUCCCUGUCGUAACCUUGGAGAAGAUGCCCUGCCUCAGCCGGGCCGACUCGGCUUCACACGUGCGCCUCACCGCCUCCUCCCUCACUCCCUCCACCUCCCAGCGCUCCAGUGAAAAGCUCACGAAUGGUCGAGGAGCCUGCGGGCCGCCCACGCCACGCUCCUCCACGCCCCCAUCCUCUCUGGACCGGCGGCCCAGUCCGGCUCGUUCGCCCCUGGACAAGCGGCCCUCGUCUACACCCUCUCCCUCCCAUACGGAUCGUAAACCCUCCCCGUCACCUUUGCUCUCUCACCGACCUGCAGCCUUAGCAUCAUCAGCAUCAUCAUCAACAUCGCCGCUGGAUAAGAAGCAGCAGAAUGGGACUAAGACCCCCUCCAAGUCGCACAAAAGACUCUCCGGGAGAGUGUUUGAUCCUAACAAGCACUGUGGAGUCCAGGACCCGGAGACGAAGAGGUCCUGCACGCGCUCGCUCACCUGCAAGACUCACUCCCUGACCCACCGCCGAGCCGUCCCCGGCCGAAGGCAAAACUUCGACAUCCUCCUUGCCGAACACAAGGGGCGAGCGAAGGAGGGGGAGAAAGAAAGAGACGCAGCGCAGGAGAGCCCCAGCAAGCCUCACUGCCCAAACGGACGGCCGCUGUCCACGCUGAAGCUGCGACUGGCAAAUGCACACAUACCCAGGGCUCCAGGCGGCUCCACCACCUACCCUUCCACCCCUCUGCCCCCAGCACCGGUGCCCGCCCCGGCCCCUAACCCGGAGCCGUCCCCCCUCAGCUGGGUGGCGACAGCGGGAGACGGCGGUCGCCUUUCUAGCGAUGAGGGAGAGGCCGAGACUCCAGAGGACGCUGACCGACCUGCCUUUCACUAUUCUAAUCACCAUCCACAGCCUUCAGGGGUUUGCGUAUUCAGCAGCAGGCUCAUGGGACGGGGCCAUUACGUGUUCGACAGGCGGUGGGACAGGAUGAGGCUGGCGCUCCAGAGCAUGGUGGAGAAGCACCUCAACGCACAGAUGUGGAGGAAGAUGCCUCUGGCCGCUGACAGCCUCCUCUCCUCCUCAUGUCCUUCCUCCGUCACGUCACAGCAGAGCUCCUCCGUCACCUCCCCCUCAGACUCCCCCUCCUGCACCGCCACCUUCCCUCAGUCCCCGGCCACGGCCGGAGUGGUCAGCAUCCCAGAGGCCGCGGCACAAGACCACGCCCCCAUCUCUUCACCGGGUAAAGCCAGUAACGGCACCCACAGAACCAGCCGGCCAUCCAAAGACACAGACACUGACUCCGCAGCAGGAUGUAGGAGGAGAAAGAACUCUACGUACUUUUCCUCCUCCCUUUCAUCUCCUUCUUCACUGAUUUUGACUGUGGAUAAUCACAAGAGGAAUGGCAGCAGCCACCACCCGACAUCGCAGGGCUCGUGGGGGGCUGCUCCCUCCUCGGCCAGGAGACGGGGACUCGGGCGCGGGGGGAGCGGGCUUUGGCGCAGCGGAGAUGACUGGCUAUCGAAAUCUGACGCGCCUCAAAGCCUCAACUCGCAGAGCAGUCACAGCGUUGGCACCACCAGUGUACCCUACUCAUCUGGGGAGCUCGCCUCCACGACUCAUCAGCCCCUGGCCCCCCCUCCCGGACCCCUGGCUUAUGCCGGAGGAGUAGAGGGGAGGAAGAGGAGGAGUCCCGGCUCGUACAGAGGGAAGGCCACCAAGCUGAGCAAGCCGGGCGGACUCGAGAGCCUCUUUGGGAAAGGAAACGACAUCGGUGGGAUACUGGCGUCAGGGCCAGAAUCUCCAAGACAGGCCAAGUUACAUCACUGACAGGAACCUGUGUCACGGACAGAAUGUUGUGCAGCUGUGGAGGCCACCACCGUUAGUGACCUUUGACCUCGCCACUCUUCCACUGACCUCACCGAUCAGACUGCUUCUUCUCGGCGAUGUCAACCCUGUUUACCCAAUGGCCGUUCAGUUCGGGACUUUGGAAUCUUUUGCCCAUGGUCGGUCUGGCGGAUAACUUCCACUCCCAGUUUUCACUAUGGAUCUUUUUUGAUGGACAGUUGCCGCACAUCACUGUGGUCGUGGUAUUUUCAGAACAAGACAUUGGAAUCCAAAAAACGUUUCCUCUGAAAAGGGAAUUUGCCUCAGAGCGUUUUUACAGCAUUGUUAAUCUUAGCACCACUGUACAAUCUUUGGGAAAGCAUUUUUAAAAAACGAUCAGACUUCAUUUUCUGGUUGUUGUGUACAUGAUCCCGGUUGCUGUGUUCAGUCAGCGGGCAAGGAAAGAGGUGUGUGAUUGUUUUGUGGAGUAAAUUGGUUGAAGGACCUGUCGACACGUCGACUUUAGGACUCUGACUUCAGCUACGCCACCUGCCUCCCCCCCUUUCACCCUUUCCUCGUCUUUUCCUCCUUUUCCUUAUCAACUUUCUCUCCGUCUUUCUUCAUCUUUCAACCUCUUACCGUUGUUCCCCCUCGUUCCCCAUCCAUCCCGGCAUGCCCAAGUUCAAAGUGCACUUAUCUGCCCUCGCUUCCCUCUUCGCUGACUUCAGAGCAGUCCCCAGCAGUGCCACAUCAGGAUCUGAUCGCACAAUGGAGGAAAGAAAAACAGCCCUGUUUGCGUUACCAACCGAGCAUUGUAAUUUCAACAUAGGAUUGUUGCUUUAAUUUGUUGCUUUCUUUUUUUAUUCUCAGUUCUACUUUAAACGUUGCAAGAAACACAAACUCUUGUCUGUGUGUCAGGACUUGCACCAAAAAAAGGAAUUAUUACCACGGUGUUGGAUAUUUGUUUUUGUUGUUUUUUUGUAUGAUAAUUUAUGUACCUACAUGUCUGUUUUCUAACUGACCAUUGAGGGUUGAGCUACAGAGAUAUUUUUAAGCAAAAGCGAUUUGAAGAAAUGUUGAAAGUAUUAUGAUCGUUCUUACUGUUGAAAAUGUGUACAUAUCUGUUAUUUUUGUAUUUAUUAAUAAUUGUCCCCUUUAACUAAAUAUGAGCUAAAAGAGGGAGUAUUUCCCCUCUUGUUCUGUGUUUAAUGAUAUUUAAAUUGGUCUGGUUUCUGAAAACCUUCAAAGAAUUAACAAGUUCUGAAAUAGAUCCUAAUUGAUAUCGCACACGGCCGGAUGUGAGCUUAAACUGUGGCUUCAAUUCAUCUCAUUUCCUUGUAGCUUUGUUGGUCAGUCAAAUAGAUUGUAUUGUAUAUAAAGAUGGACGUCACGUCUCCUCCUCCUCCCUUUGUCCAGAAAUGAAGCCAAAAUAUCCUGGACACGGACGCUGCCAUCUUGUGCCUUUGGAGCCAGAGUCUGUGCAGUAUCAACGUUCUGCCGAUGCACAAACUCGUCAGUCUUAGCUGUCAAUCAUUGUGCUUCACACUGUUUUCAUAGCAUCCUCACCGAAAUAUUUAACCCCUUAUACAUUAGUAUGAAAAAAACUAAAAUCAUAGAAACCAUCUAUGACACCGAUUAUUUGACGUGUUCUUUGAAUUUCUAGUUUGGCCCACAGCCCUAUCUACUUGCAUGAGGAAGGAUUUAUGACAUAUGCUCAAGCAAGCCACCAGGGGGCGAUUCAUGUCGUCCAUCUUUUUAUAUAGUCAUUGGAACAAACUUCAAACUAUUUAAUUCAGGCAAAUUCUACUAACUACGGUCAUGUUGUUUGACAAGAACAAUAUGGCUUCAAUCUCCACUCGUGUAGAUCUCAUCCACACCUCAUCUGCCGUGUCCCAACUCCAUACUAACUGUAUACAGUACACAUCGCUUCAUAAACAUUAUAAUGUACUGUGAUUGCUAUCAGAUUGCAAGAAAUCCAAAUAUUAAGUGUUAUAGACUAACAAGAAAAAAUAUUUUUUCCAAAGAUUAAAUACUGAGUUUUUCAAAAAUGUAUUAACAUUAUUGCUGCUGUGGAACCCUCCUCCAUCCGAAGUGCUUUAAAUUUUCUGUUUUGAACCCCUACUCUAAUCUAUGUAUAUGGUGUAUACGUAUACACCAUAUACUUAAAACCUAUGUAGAAUUAGUAUGUAGGUUGGGACAAAGUGUUUGUCAGCAGAUUGCAUCGUGGAGACAGUUGUAGCAAGACCAAAGUAUUUUAGUCCCAUUAUUACAGGUGGUCGUAUAUGGUUGAUUAUUUAUUUCACAGGUUAAGAAUCACACUCAGUUAUUUUGUGUUUGCCCGCACAUUUAGUGGAACGGACCAUAAUGGAAGUAAGAAUUUAUACAGACAACCCGAGGCACAAAGUCGUGCUUUUUCCCGAUGUCCAGAUCAGGAUAUUUACGCCUCUUUAGCUCUUUAAAGCUGACUAAAGAAUGUUAAGACAAUUUAUUUAUAUGCAACCAUCUAUGAAUGUGAAAUGUGGUGGCACCAGAUGUCAAAUAGUCCGACAGUCCCAUUUCCCAAAGUUAGCGACUGAAUGCAUUUUCAAUUUCAUUCAAUCAUCUUUGGAUCCUCAAGCCCUGUGAUAAAGAUUAGAUGGUCCAAAAUGUUAAUUGACACGUCUUCUAUGCUACACAACCACUUCUUCUUAUUUCUAAUGGAUACAUCCCAGAACACAAGGUGCACCUGAUGUACGCAAAUUCUAAAAAUUUGCAAAACCAGGGAGUUUUUAGUAGUUUUAACAUUAAGGGCCCUACAUUCCUCCUUUUUUCAUCUUUCUUCCAAAUUUCAAAACAAAACUUCAAUAUUGUCCUUUAAAGGAGAGGCAGCUCCUAGCUCGGCGAUUACUGCUCUGUGGUCUUUGAUUUAAUGUAGAUACACAUGGUUUAUCUGGGUACUCACGGCUUAUAAUAACAUGUAGUGUUUUCACUUUUCUCUCUGUUUCGAGGCCUGUUACCACCUGCCGUGCUCACUGGUGUUUAUGUCGACAAACUUACAAAAAAAGACCAACAGAUACACUAGUGUAUAACGGGUUCAUGUUGCUUUACCAGGAAAUCGUGUUUGAUUUUUUUCCCAGCUAAGUAUCUUCCUAUCAGGAGUAUCUACAGAUCAAAGAUGACGAUGAAAAUCUCUGUGCUAAGAUGAUUUUGGGAAAUGCCGCCGUGUCUUAGCGAUGAUGGUUACGGAAACGAGAAGUUACACUUUGUUGCAGCUAAAAUUCAAAAUGAAGCUCGAGCAGUUAUAUUUUUCCUUUGCUGUUGAAUUCUGUGGAGGUGUUAACAGGUCCUUUAUAACCCCCCCCCCCCCCCCCCCCCCCUUAUUUUUCUUUUUUUUUGCACUUUGUUAUAAAGCCCAGGUCUUUAAACAACCUCUAUUUAUAUAAAUAAUUAAGAUAUAUAUUAAAAGAAUCUAUAUAUAUUUUUUAAAGUGUUUCUGGCAACUGAAGUGAAAGAAGAUGAACAGUUUAUUCUUGGUGAGUUGGCCCCGAAACGAAAAAUAUUAUUUUUAUUGUAUCUGAUUCAAAUUGUGGUGAAUGUUAAAAUGCUUUUGUAUCAUUUCGGGGGAGGGGGUAUUAAUUUCCAGUGCAGAUGGAUCAGAAAAUAAAAAUCCCAUCAAGACAGUUUAACAAUUGCUGUAAAAAAAAAAUGGUCUUAUAUCCGAGCUUUUAUUAAAUGAUUUGAAGUGGA